AUGGGCUUCAAGAGAGUCGGGACCUUCUCCGGUUCUCCAUUCUUGAAUCGUGGGGAGAUCGGUUUAUUUGACCAAGAGACUGAGCUAGCUGCCUUCUUCCCAGAUUGGGAAUAUGUGGUUGAUCAUGUUGAAAAGCCAUGGCCGUGGAAGCCUUUACAGCACAUUCUCCACGCUUAUCUGGAGAUGAUCGAUGAUGGCAAAGUAACAACAUCUUUAGAGCCGAAAAGUGCAUUGCCAGAACAAUUCUACCCCUGGGAGAUUCAGCAAUGUACUCAGCGGGAUCUUGAGAAAGCCGUCGUUGCUUUCACCCGUCUUCUCGAUGCAAUCGAAUCCCGACUACCUCCAAAUACUAGCAAUCAAGAAAUAGAGCUUCCAUACUCAGACUUGGUGAUUGAUAAAUCUUUGCCUGCAAAAAAUUCAUUCAUCCGAUCUUUCAUCUCCGCUCUUCCUCCUCGCCACAUGAAGUUCCGCUAUAUAGCUCCAGGGAUCCGGAUACAAAACCCGGCAGAGUUUAUAUCCCAGCCAUUCACAGAACCCCGUGAAAUUUUUCAACCGCUUAGCAAAAUCGAAGAGAGCAUAUAUGGCCUCCCAACCCUCUUAUUUCGAGCGGAUGGGGCAAAUAGCUCACCCUGGACCCGGCCGUGGUUUCCAGAUGGGGUCGCGCAGGAUAUUCCCGUUGGCUUAUACAUUGAGCCCACGCGUAGGUACCUAGCUCAGGAUUUUGGGAACGAGAGUAGACUGUUGCUACCGUUUGGGGUCAGUGCUAAUGGAUAUGCACGAAGUAGCAACGGUAUCCGGUUGUCCCAUUGGCCUUCAAAUCAUAUUCGAGAUGAUGUGUCUGAGGGGCUAUAUCAAGUAUAUCAUUUCAGUGGGUUUCUGCCAACAAGUCUGCGAAGUGUGCAGGUUCACAAGGUGUUGCUAAACUGGGCGGAGCGUGUUGAAUUAGGUGAUUGGGAAGUGGAUGAGGAUGGGGUCGCGGGUGGGAUUGAAAAGUUCAAAGAGGCUGACACUCAAGAGCAUUGGCAGAAGUAUCAGGUUCCGCUGUCUUGGUAG